AAAGACAACACUGAUGAUAACAUUACCAUGGCACUAAUGUAGAACAAACCGGUGGAUUUGAAAUGUUUGAUCAAUGGCCACGGUUAUUGCAUUUCUCGAUUACCUUUUUCUUGUUUAUGUUUUUGAUUUUUAAUUUUGCGUAUGAGUAAUUUGUGAACUCGAAAAUGAUGGGUGACAAUUUCAAUGAGUGUGAUAAAUAUUUCAAGCUUUUACUAAGCGAAAACAGAAAAGUAAGAAAACAAAACUUGGACGAAUUGAUGACAAUCGUAAGCGAAAAAAAGUUCGAAGAGUCUUCAGAGUUUGUGGCGAGUGUCAAAACUUUUGUAUACCCAUGUUUAAAUGAUACAUCAGAAGCAUGUCGUGAAUCAGCUAUACAAUUAGUAAGAAGUUUGGUAUGCAGUGGUCAUGUUGACGACAUAGUACCUAUUGUAUUUAUCAUACACAAGCGUAUGGGCAAUGUAACGGUGACAGAAAGCUCUGAAGAAAUAAAACUUUUGUAUGUCCAAUUGUUAAGGGAUAUCAUUAAAAAUACUAAACAGUCAAUUUUGCCAUGUUUGGACGAUUUAAUUAGUAUUCUGACAAAAAGUAUAUUAGACCCUUGUCCUGAAGUGAAGAAAAAUAGUUGUCUAUGUGCAAUGGAACUUGCUAGUACUACUAAAACACAUUUUCAUAUGGUAGCUGAAUCUCUUGUUGAACCUAUUUUGAAAACAUCAAAUUAUCAUCAAUCAACUAUUAGAUAUACAGCAAUUCAAUCACUGAGUAUAAUUUAGUUUUAAUUUCAACUAUGCUAUAAUAUACAUUUAAUAUAUACAUUUUUUUUUUCUUUUAGAUUAUGUAAUCAUGUAUAGUAAUGGAAAACAAGUUGUAGAGGUAUGUGAUACUCUCAGUGAACGACUUUUUGAUCAAAAUGUUGGAGUGCGAUUAGCUCUAUACCGCGUUGUUGCUAAUUGGAUGUUAAAUCUACAUGAUAGAUAUUCAUAUUUUCCUAAACUUGUGCCAUUGAUUUUGACAGCGUAUGUUUUUAUUUUUUAAAAAAAAUGUAUGUUUUAUUUAUGUUGUAUUUAUUGUAGUCAAGUUGAUGAACAUCAACCAAACCGUGAAGAAGCUGAACGACUUUGGGAUGAAAUUGGAAGUCAAUACAUUAAUGAGAAUGAAGUACAACUCAAAGAAAAACUUGAUUUUUUACCUGAAUAUCUAGAUCAUUAUCCUCCCGAUGGUUAGUAAUAUUUAUGGAUUUAAAACUAUUUGAAAUGUAAUAUACUGAUGAACAAUUUUUAAUAAAUAAUAUGAAAUGUAUACAUUUUAGUUAAAAGACCAAAUUUAGGUUGCCGCACAUUAGUUACUCGAGAAGUAUUAAAGCUACUCCCAGUUAUAAUACGUGAACUUGAUGAUUGGGCAAGUAUUGUUUGUUUAUUAAUUUUUCAUGUAUAAUUAACUAAUUAUAACAAAAACUAUAGAAAGAAGAUGUGAGUAUUAAAUCAGGUCAGCUGUUAUGUGUAGUUGCUUUAAAUGCUGAGAAUUCUAUUAUUCAACACUUGAAUCAAUUACUGACUGCCAUGACUAAAUGUUGUUAUCAACCAAACCAUGUAGCAUCAGUUCAUGUAAGAUUUUUUAAAACAUUGAUGAAUCAAAAGGUGAAUGAACAUUCUGGUUGAUAUUAUAUAUAUUUUAGGUUCGCAAAGCUGCUGAGAUUAUGAGUUAUUUUAUAUCCCCAGAUACUUAUUUGAAAUUUUUAUUACCAGCAAUGAGUGAUACUGAACCACAUCUUGGUCAUAUGAAUGUUUUAUCAGGAUUAUUAAAAAAUGUUAAACCAGAUGAGUUAUCCACUCAUGUUCAAUCUAUUAUUACUUUAUUUGUGAAACCAGAAAUAUGUGAAGUAUAUGAUCCACUAUUCAAAAAAUAUUUGCUUCAAGUAAUAGAGUAUAUGUUAAUUGCGUGUAAAUUAGAAUGUCAAGAAUUUUCUUAUGAAUUAUUUAAAAUUUAUAUCACUGUAAAAAGUACAAUGUUGGAUCAAUUUGAAGACAAUUGUUAGUAUUAUUUGAAUAACAUUUUAAUCAUAAUAAAUAAUUAACUCGGAGACUAAUGAUCAGGGUUAUGAAUUUAAUGCACUGAAUGAAAGUCAUUUUCUGAUCCCUCUAUUGAAGUUCUACCUAUUCUAGUAUUCUAAGAUGUUUGUUUCAUGGUGGGAUUUUUAAUUUUCAUUAACUGGUGGGUAUGAAUUUUAGAUCCUGAGUAGAGCGAAUAAGCUUAUGGUUUUACAAUGAUGUUUAUUAUUAUUAUUAUUUUUCCAUUUCUAAGUAUUAUUUUGUGGUUAAAGAGAGAGUUGUAAAGUAUAAUUUAUGAUGCUCCAUUACUCGUUUCCUGUCUAUGGGUGACAGAAAUGACACAUUUCAACUAUGAUAUACUAUGAUGUAACUAUAGAUGACAAAUGUCAUCUAUUUAUAAAAUUUGUAUUAUAGAUUGGUAUUUGAAAAUCAAAAUGUGGUAGUAGUUUAUCUGGUUCACCCCCAGAUAUAAGAUUGAAAAAUAUAAGGGCGAAAUAACAUUUUAGAUUAUUCAAUUGCAAAACAUGUUUACGUCGGUCGUUUUAUAAAAAAUAAGUAUUUCAUUGAGAACUUGAGUGUAACAUGAAAUGUAGAAAACCAUUGUCCAUUGUACAAGUUUAUUAAAAAAUAAUAACAUUUUACUUUUAUCAGAAUUGAAGUUAUUCAAAUAGUUCAUCAAAUAAAUAUUUUUAAAUCCUAUUUAAUCCAUUUUGUAUGACUUGCAUACAAAAAAUAUGUUGCCCUAUGGGAAGGCCUCUGAUAGAGGUAGGAUAUAUUGAGUAAUUUAAUCUAUACACAUACAUAUAUACAUAUAAAAAUAUGUUUAUAUUUUAUAGAAAAUAUAAGAAACAUUCAGCUUUACGAUUUUACAUUAAAUUAUUUUUUUGUCAUUCUAAUUUUUGGGGAUAAAACGGCUACCUUCUUUUGAUUUUCAAGUAGAACCUAUAUUAAAAAUUCCAUAAAUAGAUGAAGUAUGAGUUAAAAUAAAUUUUGGUGUUGAAAUUUUUAAUUUCCAUUGAUCCAUUGAUGAGAUAUUUGAUGGAUUGAUAACAUUCAUUCUCACUUUUUUUUUGAAUCAUAAAAACAACCUUACAGUAAAUAAAAUUUAAAAUUUCUAUAGAUAAAAAAUCAUCAUUAAUGUUAUGAAUAUUAGAAAUUGCCAAAAAAAUUUCAUAUUUAUAUAACCAUUUUCAUCUGAAUUCCAACAAGGUUAAAUGUCUAAUAAGUUUAUGGAUAAAUAUUAUUUUGAACACAUGGUAUUUAAAAAAAAAAAAAAAUCAGUUUUCAAAUAUAGGUAAUAUUUUAACCCCUAAAUGAAAAACCGAAGAAGAAAAAAUCUGUUCUAAGAUAAUGAAGUUGUCCCCAUUCCCCAAAAAAAGCAUGGACUUAUUUCACACGUGAGUGCAGCCACUUUUAUAGUUGAGAAGUUGGGAAAGUAAUAGAGGGGAAAUUUAAUGUGUAUCUGUAAGCAACGAUUAACCAUUGCUAAUGAAAAGUUUCUGAUCACAAUUUAUUUAAUAUUGUUUCUUGUCAGCAAUAUAUAUAUAUGUAUAUUUGACAUAUUAAGAUAAAAUAAUUACAUAUAUUUUUUAAUAAUAUUUGUCUAAUAUUGUACCUAUUUUCCCAUUUUUUUCUUAAUUUAUCCCAAUUUUUCUCAUUUAUUAUGAAAACAGCUGGGUAAAUCAAGUGACUUCUUUAUAGUAUCAUCUCAGUAAAAUUUUCUUUCAAAAAAAGUGCUAUACUUGAAAACUGGAGCAAAAUUGCUGAUAGAAAAUUUUUUCACAGAUAAAAAAUAAAUAAACAUCAUUGUAAACCAAUGUAUUCCUCGUUCCGUUCAGAAUCUAAAAUAAUGGUAACUGUUAUUGAGUUACUUGCUGUUUUUUUGAUUAUUAGGAAAUUUAAAGGAAAAUCAAAAAAUGACUACAAGAUUUCUUGUAAAAAAGAGUUGUUUACAUACAGAAAAAAUUAGAAAGCAUAUAUUAUGAUAAAUCCAAUAAAUUUCUUGUUCUGCUUAGGAUUCAAAACUGGAAUAUAUUAUAUAGUUUGUAACAUUGUCAAAAUGUAUAAUUUGUGUUUAUUUGUUUUGUUUAUAGUGGAAUUAAUUUUUAUUUUUAGUUAUAUUUAAAGAAUUGAUCAAUAUGUGUGAACCACAAACCAAAGAGCAACUUUUUAAAAUGAACGGUGAAAAAUUGUUAAAUGAACUUAAUGACAGUUGUGAUAUGUGGACAGUGCAUUCGCCUGGGAGAAAAGUUCUUGAUAAAAUUUCAAGAGAUGCUGGUGAUUAAUAUUAUAAAAAUAUUAUAAAAUGUUUAUGUGUACACAGUGACACCAGUUCCAUAAAAUAACUAUUAACAAUGGUUUUGGAAUACCUAAAUCAUACAAUAAACUUGCAAUACUAUUUUUAUUUAUUUAUUGAAAAUAAUUUAAUUAAUAAUCAAUAAACUUAUGAACAUAUUAAUUGCCCAGUAAUGCUUAACUACUCGUUUGCCUAUUUUAUGUACCUACUGUUUACCUAUAUAAUAUAAAUAACUUUUUUUUUCAGAAUAUGUGAUUUUAAGCUGCUAUGAAAUAUAUCGACAAAUCCUUGUAAAAACUUUACAAAACUUUGAAAAAGAUCCUAAAUUUUUAAUGAAAAUGAUGAUUAAUAUAAAUACAUGUGUGGAUAAAAACAUUUUUGUUGAUAAACAACUUUGGCAAAUCUUAUCUGGUAAAUUUCAUUUAAUAUGAAAAAAAAAAUAGUAAUAAUGUUAAAUGUGUUAUAUUAAAUUGUGUUCUAGGUAUUAUAUUUCCAGUUCAAACAUGGAGACCUGGUAAAACUGCUGAAAGUUUGCGAGCUGCUUCAUGUCUAUGUGCACAAAAUAUAAUUAAUAAGUUUACUUCUUUUAAUGACAUAAUUUUAAAACAAGUAAAUUUAAUUUCUUUUUUGAUUUAUUGUAAAUAGUUAAAAUUAUGAUUGUUGUUCUAGAGUAUUCCAAUAUUUUUGGCACUAGCAGAUGAUAAUCAUAGUAAAACUCGUGAGUAUGCAUUAGACGCAUUAAAUACUUUAGUUUAUGCUGCGAAAAAGUUAGAUAAAAUUGAUGCUGACACAAUAAAUAACAUUACCAGAGGUAUAAUAUUAUUUUAUAUGUUUUAUUAUUAUAAAUCAUACAAAUUGUUAUGAAUAAUGUAAACAUUUAGUUGCUCUAGCUCGUUUAAAUGAUAAUCCUGGAAGUACUCGCUUCAAAGCUAUAAAUCUGAUCAAAGUUACAUAUACUGAACCUCUUCCUAAUGAUUAUAUGGUGCAUUAUGAAGCUCAUAUUACUCAACUGUAUAAAACCAUAGUGAUAUUUUUAGAUGAUGAGGAUUUACAAAAAUUAGUAUUAGGUAAUAAUUGAAAUUAAUUAUUAUUAUUAUUAAAUUGUAUGGAUAUAUAUAUAUAUAUAAAAUUCUAAUCAGUAUCAAUCUAUUAAAAAGUUGAAUUAUUUUUUCCAUGUGUUUAUCUUUAGAUUUACUAAAAGAACUUUCCUGGAUGAAACCUGAAGAUCUUAUUAAACAUAUUAAUGUUAAUGUGUUUUCACAUAAACACUACGCUCAAAAUUUAAUGGAUUAUUUGUCAGACAAAAUUAGUCAAAUUGCACUCGUGUCAAAAUAAUUUGUUCUAAAAUAUUUCUUGUGUGGUAUUAUAUAUUUAUUUACAUAGUUAUUAUUUUUAUAUUUAUACUUAUGUUUUGCAGAA